AUGAGGAAGGAAGACCACAUUCCGAUUUCACGACAAUUAUUUUCGUCGUGUUGCGUCCUAUCUGGGUCUUACGAACGCACACAUGUCGACCAGACUGCAAGACGACCUGGCUACAUUAGAGCUCCCAGACAUGCACGCACACACACACACACACUCUAUCUCUCUCCACACUCUCCACAAUUGUCGAUGGUAUGUCAUUCCAUGGACUUGAUGACAGCCGGACAAGAGAAGUCGUGUUGGUCGCCGGACAAGACGAGCACACAGUUGUCAGGCUGUGGAUCGGACAGUUUCCGCGCCUGUUCCUCCUCUCAUCUCGAGUUGAUUGAUGGGCCCACUUGA